UGAAGAGUCGAAUCCGAUGGUAUGAUACACGCAAUCUUUACUCGUUCUACCAAGAAUUCUCUUCUUUUUAAUCACUAGUGCCUCCUGUUUGUCGCCUCCCCCAUCUCUCCUCCGCUCUUCCAACCUAGCUACCGGCAAUUAUCAUUACCUUUCACCUCACACUCAAGCCUUUGAAUCACUCUUGAAUCCUCAAUGUUUAUUUCACUCUCACUUCUAGUCCAUCCCCUCUUAGCUCUUGCAGCGGUCCCUCACCCAAUUCUCGACUAUCCCCUGCUCAAGAGGAGUCCAGAACCUCGAGAGGAUCCGAACGAGAUCCAAGGAGUAUCACCGCCAGGAAGGUGCGUAACUCCGUGUAUCAGUGUUUAUACCUCCGCCGGUACUCCCCCCCCUCCCUUCCACUAUUACUAAGACCAUCUUGGCUAAAAUAUCCAGCAUCUGGCCUUAUAACUGAGCCCCCUCAGACCCCUACAAACUCCAGACCCUACGGCUUCGACAGUGACAAUCUCUGCAGCGAUGAUGACUUCAUGGAGGAAGCCCCACACUGCAUCGACUGCCUUUUCCGCACCAGGAAUGAAGUGGACUGGCGUUCUACGCUUCUGAAUUCGUAUCGGGUGUGUGUGUAUGAGCUCGAUGCAUUGGCAUGUCCUCGUAGCUGUGGGCAAGCGGAUAAGAUGGUGGAGCAAUGUCGACAGAUAGAUGCUAGGGAAAUUGUGGAUCCGGACCCGGUGGAUCAUACACUUGACCCGAGGACCCCGCCUUGUGUUUGCCGGCCAAAGAAUAGAAAAGCCGUCCUGGAUUGUUUUGAAUGUAUGGUUAACUGGAACGCUCUUCUCGCACAGGAUUGGCUCAAUUUUAUUAAGCCGUGUAACGAUUGGAACGACUUUCCUUGGAUGUGAUAGGUUUGUGAUCAAAUUCUGCUUUGAUGGUUCAGUCGUGGUUGCUGAUGGAUUUUGUAGGGCUUUGAGACCUAGCGAGUUAUUAGCGUAGUGGACGCCCACUGGGUUUGCUGGGAAGGUUGUUUUGGAAGAACUUAUUAGAGUUUAUCCCUUAUAUGGCUGGGUUUGAAAUUGGUGCUUUGGCUCACAUGGAAUCACAUGAGGGCUUCAACCUUGUUUAUUAUCCUUUGGUCUAUUGAACGCGGGCAAGGAAAUACAUUAGAUUUUCGAAGGGCGAAGUGCAGUGAUGCUAGGUUGUAGAUCAGAUAUAGUAUUAGGCUGGCUAGGCUGCUAAUCCGGGAGUGGGGGGAC